AUGCGUGCGCAGCUGCGGCUGGUUUCUGGAUGCAUGCAGACUCUGCCGACAUUGGUCAGGGACUACCUGGGCCAGGGAGCGGCGCUGGACGAGGCGAACCUGAGGCUGCUCGGGGAUGCGAUACGCAGCCAUGGCGUCUUUGAGGGGCUGAUGAACUGUGACCCGGCUGACGCACCGAUCAUUCGGCGCCUCGUGGAAUACCGGGGUGGCCCCAAUCCUCUGGUCAGGGAGAUGUGUGCGAUAACCGUGAAGCUGUACACGCAUUGUUCGCUGAGCCUUGGCGACCGCCCGCCAACCAAUCAACAGAUGCUGCAAGAGAUGGACGACAUGAUCUCCCCCCGGUACUUCGACAGGUUGCUGGACGAGCAUCUGCGAAGGCUUAAUCAUGUGCGCGAUCCGAGCGAGCGUGGGCGGCAUCUCGGUCGCACGGCUAAGGUUGACGCUGUUGAGACUUCAAGGCACGGGGUAGAGAGGGCCGUGCAAUGGACACCAAGGAGAGUUUAG